CGCCUAGACUGCUUCUUCCUCGUCUGUAAUGUCCCCUCCUUCUAUUGAAGUUGUCCCGGACCUCGCUCCUCAGGUUGAUACAACUACUGUGCAGAACACCCCCCAGGUGCUUGACAAAAUGCCUAAACCAGAAAAGGCUGCUGUCAAACCUGUUACCUUUGCUGACCUCUUCAAAGGUAAUAGGGACCCUUACCAAGGUAUGGUUUUGAAGCAUUAUGAUGUUGGUGAAGGCUAUCUUCAUAUUCCAGAUUCUGUUAUCAAGCCUAUUGAGGAACUGUGGGGCUUUUGCCUAGUGGGGUGCUUCACUGGACGUUUUCCUAGUCUCAAGGCUGUUGAUGCCAUUGUCAAGAGUUGGAAUAGGGAUAAAGCCUAUGGAAAGGAAUUUAGGCUAAAAAUUCCCUCUCAUGGUUUCAUGUUUGACUUUGCUGAGUUUACUACGCUUCCUGUUUGGGUUCAACUUCAUAAUGUACCCAUGCAAUUAUGGUCAGAAGAAGGCAUUGGGAUGUUGGCCUCAAAAGUUGGGAAACCCUUAAGGACUGACCUUGUCACCAAACAGCAUAGCAAGGGUGGUUUUUGUAGAGUGCUUAUUGAGGUGGACUUCUCAAAACAACCUGUGACUCAAUUUGAGGUUUUCAGCAUGGGUAAAUCGUACACACAAACAGUGGAGUUUAAAGAAGACCCAAAAUACUGCUACCACUGCAAAACUUGGAACCAUGGCCCCUUCCAUUGUAGAGCCUUGGAGAUGAAAGGGAAACAGGACCUUGCUGAGCUGGAGGCUAAACAGACUGAGGGAAUGGCUAAACCAAAGGAGCACAAUGGUCCUCCUGGGAAUGCUGUCUCUAGGGAGUGGGUUCCAACAGGGAAGAUUAAUACUGAACCAAAGGGUGGGUUUGUUGUAUUUAGGUGCCCUAGCGGCAAUCAAAUACCUAUGUAACUGUACACUUUAUCAUGAAUGAAAGGCCUUGAAUGUUAGAAAUAUACACAAAAUAUUAUAAACAAAUAUUUAUAAGAUAAAUAUUUUACUAUAUAUUUAUUACUCCCAAAGUAGUAUUAUUAUAGUUUUUACUAUCCUAUAUUAAACUUGCUAGCACAAGUUUAAUCUUGGACUCCGGAGCAAGUUCGUGUGGAUACGUUGGAGGCUUCAUACGUUUGGCGCUACGUUCAUCUCCUCAAAACCAUCCCCGACCGUUCCUCCGUUCUCCGUUUUCACCGUUAAGGUAAAUUUCUUACUAUAGCUAGUAAUUUACGUAAGUUGUUCUUGGGUGGAAUCGAGUUUUGGACUAUAAAUUUUUGUUUUCCGCUGCGUUAUCCAAGCCUCGUUUCCCAACAGUGGUAUCGGAGCCGGCUUACGAAGUUACUAGUUUAGUAGUUUUUACCGUUAUUGUUUUUGUAGAUUAGUCAAUAAAUUUUGGAGACAAAA